UAGAUCAUGUGCUAUUAUUAUGUUUGGUUUCUUUAGAAUUAUGUAUAAUAUCCCUAUUUUUAAAACAUAAAAUGAAAGAAAGAAUCAUAUCAUGCAUUGUGGUUUUCUACGCAUGUUGUAUCAAAAUGCUUAAUACUAACUAUUUUUGUCGAAAAUAUCUAAAACGUAUUAUGCUAUCUCCGACGCAUACUGAAGGAACUGUUCACUGAAUGUCGACCUUGAUGCAUAACUAGGAAAUGUACAGAGUUCGUGGCAGCUCAUUCGAUUAAAUAAUGUUCACAAAAUUAAAAAAGAAAUGUACAUUCAAUGCCACAAUUUUUUUCUUAUGUAUUUUGGCCUACAAAACUCGAAAAUCGCAAGAAAAAUGUUUUCUAUGGAUAGGUUUUUUUAUAUGAAUUUUUGAAUUUUUUUUUCAAUUUUUUUCUGGCAUACCUUCACAUUUUAGGCCAUUGAGUUAGAAACGUCCGAUUGAAUCGCGCAAGACGCCUUUCUGAAGGUAAUCGAAUUUCCAACAAUUGCUUUUCACAUUAUUUUCCAAUCGGUUCAAUAGUUUGUGUUACGAGCCAAUAUAUAAGAGAAACUUUGAUUUUUUCGGCUAAAAUUUCGAUUAGAAAUAAAUGUUUCCUAUAUAAAUAGGAAAAAAAAUACAAAAACACAGUAAAAUUGGAAUUUUUGUACCUUUACUCAAUUGUUCCUAACUCCAGUAUUUAUCCAUAGAUUUUCUUCAACAAAAGCUUGUUUCCUUCGUAAAAGUGCGAUUGUGACGUUCGCAUAUCGACCGUCCAAACCGUGGAUAUAUUUUUUCUUCAUAAUGAACAAACAGAUGUAGUAUUUGUAUAUUCGAACGUCACCCUAUAUCUUAGACUGAGAAGCGUUUAGUAAGGAAGAGAGAACCUAAGCGAUAAGAGCGAUCUACUUCUUGCCACAUCAUGUGCCCCUGAUACGACUACGGUACGGCCGUGGCUUAUUGUCUAUCGUGAAACGCGGAUUCAGUUACUUUAUCGCGACGCACGAAAAUACAACAGUUCUCCUAAGAUGUUAAGUCUAGAGACGCGGUAGCGUCUCGACGCCAAGUACAUGAAAAAUUAUACACCACCGUGCCACUUCCGGUCUGCCUUUUGGGAGGGAUAUAACGGAAAAUAAGUGGCUUGAGUUAUAAACUAUCGGUUUGGUAUAAUUAUAUAGUACAAUUAUAAUUAAGUGCAAUUAAAAGAGUGAGUGAAGAGGGAGGAACAUUUUAAGACAUUAAUUAUUAAGGGGGGAACUCACCCGGGGGAAAUGUGACCGGUGAAAGAAAGCUAACCUCUCUUUAUGAGAGAUAGUCUAGAAGAGGAUGAAGAAGGAAAAGGGGGGGAGAGAGGAGUCUCCCUCCCGAGAACCGGAAAUACGUCGAUACUACAUGAAUCAAGAAUUAGAUUGAUCCAACGAUCAGCGGAAGAGAUCUACAGAAUACGGGCCAAUAGGAUUGAAGAAGGCACAGCCAAACCAAUGAGGAAGAGCAGAGGAGAAGGGGAAGAUCCAAUCAGCGCGCCAGAGGAACUACAAUCAGCACCCCUGACGAAUGAGAAAGUAAAGAUGAGAAGAAAAAGCCUCGAACAGGCAGUUGAAAACGAGUAUAGCGACGAAAGCAGAAACGCGAGAAAAAAAUUAAAAAUCAUAGGAAACGAAAAGACAAAUAUAGAGGUAAACACAUAUAAAAGUGAGGUGGAAAAUAACGCAGGAAAAGAUACGAAUGUACGAUCGAUAGUGGAAUCGAUAAAUUCGAGAGAAGAGAAUAUAAAGGUAAGAAACGUGGUCGGACGCUAUCCAACACGUGGUGCGACACGCGAAGAAAAGGAAACAGACUCUGAUUCGUCAUUAGAUAAAAAACAUAAAACCCAAAUUAAAAAGAAAUCUCCAAUCAAAGGUGAAACGGAUAAUAUUUAUUUGUUUGAAAUAGAAGUGGUUAGAAAAUAUAACAACAAAGAAGGUAACGUAAAUUUCAAAUCAAAUAAAAAGCUUAAUUAUUUGAAAAUUUUCAGAUUCUUGAGAGAAGAAAUCAAAAAAAUAGAAGCUAUUAAAAUGCUGAAUAAACAUAUUGCUGAAAUUAAAAUUAAACGCCCAGAAGAAGGAAGAGACAUAUAUAAUAAAUAUGUAAAAAGGAACAACGGAGACUUCAAAAUUCGUAUCCCAAAAAGAUCCGAGUUUAGAACAGGUAUUAUCAAGGAAUGGGAAUAUUCACUGGACGAGCUAAAGGAAGAAACUCUUCCGGGUCAAAAUAUCGAAUCUUUCGAAAGACUUAGGAAAAGGAAAAGGGUGGACAAUGGUUACGAGUGGGUAGACACACAAAUGGUUUUAGUGAAAUUCAGAGGAACCAGCCUCCCAACCAAAAUAGUUAUUAUGGAAGGACACGUAUCACUGAACGUCACUCCGUUCGUUAGGAACAUCAGACAAUGCUAUCAAUGCCUACGUUUUGGCCAUACAAAACGUUUUUGCCGAGAAACAGAAAGCAAAUGCUUUAACUGUGGAAAAACAUCACACGGAGAAUGUACAAAUCCUCCCAAAUGCACAAAUUGCGAAGGAGAACACUCAGCUCUAAAUAGACAAUGCCCAUACGCACUCUUGGAGAAGGCGAUAAACAAAUUAAUAGCCUACAAAAACAUGUCAUUUCAUGAAGCAAAAAGCGUUGCGAUGACAGAACUAAACUUCAGAGGCGCCAGCAAUUUCAGGUACAAGGAGGAAGAUUUUCCUGCGUUAGGCCAAAGGAGAACCAAAAGUAGAUUCAAUAUGGAAAUCGAAAAAUGGGAAGACAAACCAUGCCCAAUAAGAGGAAAUGAUUGGUUCGCACCGAAUAGAAGGCAACCAAGAAGCAACGAAGGUAAAGGACGACCAAUACCCAAUGCACCAAAGGUCAGUAUCAGUAAUAACAAUAGAUUUUAUCCAUUAGAAGAAGAGGACACACAAAUAAUAACUCCCACGUACUAUUCAACGAAGAAUACAAACAAAUAUAACAAAUCUGAUACGGAAGAAGAAAGUGAAAGGUAUACUCCCAAGACAAGAACCUAUAAAUCAAAUAAGACCAACUUUGGCAUCAGGGAUGACAAAGAUAUAGAGGAACUAGUCAACUGGAUUAAGGAACAAAAUCUUGUCAAUGUAAUAAAAAACAAAUUAAAAGACUCGCCACCAAGACACUUAGGUGAAAAGAAGUACGUACAAGGCAGCAAAGGGGAACCUACAGAAAAAGAUCUCAACGACAUUUAUGAGGACAAACAAAGGUACUUCCUUAAAAAUUACCACAAAGAAAAACAAUUUCUACAACAGGAAAGGGAGACAGACAGAAUCCCCAUAACCUACAAAGAUGAACGUUACCGAAGAACAAAAAGUAUUACGAAUGAACCUCCUAUUAUAAUUAAAAAUAAGGAAUAUUAUCAACAAAAUAAGCCGACCACGUCUAAACACAGAAUAACACCAACAAGGGAAGAUAAUCUACACAUUCCAGAUUUCCAAAGUAAAAAUAAAUAUAAUUACUCAACCUUGCCAAAAACAUCUCCUAGACCAACUCAUACAGAAGAAGAACCUGCUUUGGCGACAAAUACACAAAUAGGGUAUAUGUCCAACGAGGAAUGGGAAGGAAUUCCCAACGUAGAAGUAACAAUCAGCCCUAAAAAGAAGAAUGAAGAGAUGGAAACAGACCAACAACAAAAGACUCUGAUCGAAUCAAUGCCAGAAGAAAACGACUUCACAUUAAAAAAAGUGAUUCCAGAAAGCCAGGAGAAAGAAGAAGACGACUAUUCAGAGUCGUUCAAAUCGCCACAGACGGAGACGGAUGAUGAACUAGAGUUACUAAAUUCCCAACCAGAUAACAAGUAAGGAAAAUUCCACAGACUUUAAAGAAAUACACAAAGAAAAUACAAUUAUUUUAUGUUAUUCUAUUUUAUUCUAUGUUAUUUUAUUUUAUUUUAAUAGGAAAUGAUUAACAAUAUAAAUGUCAAGAAAAAGGAACUCUCUCUCAAAAAAAAAUUACUAUAUUUUUUAAAAAAAGAAAAAAGAUGAAAAUACUUAGUAUAGAAACAGACUAUAAUAUAAAAACGGAUCCUUUCUCUUUUUCUAAAUACGUUAUCAAAUAACAAACAUAGAGAUACUUAAACGAAGAAAGAACAGUACAAUUAAUAAAACAUUCCAUAUAACAUUCUGAAAAACUUAAGAAAUUACAAACUUCUUAAUCAAAAAGAAAACAAAGGCAAUAAUAAAACAUAACAUUUUACAUCUAGAUAAUAAAUCAAAAAAAAAAAAUAGGUCAAAAAUAAAAAGGAUAACAAUAGACAUACUUUAAUUAACAAGAAUAACUUUAUUCAAUAGAUACAUUGCAAACUAAACUGGUUUAAAAAAAAAAAAAACUUAUAAGCACUUAUAUAUACA